CCUGCUCUGCUCCUCUCCCUGUCACAGAUCACACAGGAUGGAACAAGAACCAUUGUCUUAAGCUUUUCUGGGAUGUAGCUCUUUCUUUCAUAGCUCUCGUCUGAGGUCUUGUCCAGGAUAACCUGAUUUCGUUUUUACGACUGUCUGGACGAGCUCUGGAGUGAGUCGGAUUCUUUGUUUCCAUGCCGACCCUUAGGAUGGUGUGUCUGUUGUCUUUGGUGGACUGAGGUAUCCCACAGUGCCGAGCACUGCUAGAAUGCCUGUGCAUCAAAUAUCGGUCGUGCCUAUCGCCAAGGAGACUGCCAGCAACAUUCGGAGCUCCAGCAGGACUAGAGACAAGAGUAAAGAGAAUGAGGGUGAGAAGGCACAUAGGCGAUCAGGAAGUCGAUCCAGCAGUAUUUCUAAGGGGAGUAGUUCCAAGGAGUCCCAUGGUGCCGUGCUAAAAAGCGUUUCUCAAACAUCAGUCACACCCUCCUCUCAGGACAUAUGCAGCGGUUACACUAAACUUGAUGGCCCAGAUCAGACCACACCCAUCAUGCCCAUAAGCCACGCCCCUGACUCUGCCCCCAACGUGAAGCGACAAGUCAAACGUCGUGUUCGGCGGCGACUGGAGAGCAGCGGAACCAGAGCCGGGUGUGUCACAGAGUAUGUGAACCAACCAAGACCUUCACGGUCACAUAAACAAGUGUGCACACACUCUCACUCAUCCUCUGAAGACGAGCAACGCUGGAAAGAGGCUCGCUCCUGGAGCCGUCAGAAAGCGAGACGGAGGUGCAGCGGCAGCCGUCACGCACAUACACGGUCCCGUGAAGCACGGGACAGCGUUGAGCUUGUGUCUGUCAACUCAGACGAGGGACAGAAAGAGAACAAGCCACCGCAUUGCAAGGGUCCCAGCACCAAGGGUCACAAAAAAGUUCAGUCAAAAAGGGAGGAGCACGGGAGCCAGGCAGCCAAUCACAGCAGAGAGGGUGGGCGUGGCAGUAGUAGGUGUGGAAGUGAGGAGGAGCCUAUUACAAAGUCAUAUGAGGAGCGAGGUUCAGGACACCCAGUUAUGGCUGUCCCAUCUGCCUACAAAUGCACAUUUUCCACCAAUCAAAAUGGCACAGCUCAUCAAGCAUGCACUGAUGAUGAACUAGAGGUGUGCAGAAUCUGUCACUGUGAAGGUGAUGAAGAAUGUCCCCUCAUCACUCCCUGCCGCUGUACAGGAAGUUUGCGUUUUGUGCAUCAGACUUGUCUGCACCAAUGGAUCAAGAGCUCUGAUACACGCUGCUGUGAGCUGUGCAAAUAUGACUUCAUCAUGGAAACACACCUCAAACCACUGCGCAAGUGGGAGAAGCUGCAGAUGUCUACAAGUGAACGGCGAAAGAUCUUCUGCUCUGUAACCUUUCACCUGGCAGCCGUGUUGUGUGUCAUCUGGUCUCUUUAUGUUCUGAUUGACCGCACAGCCGAAGAAAUCCGACAUGGAAAGAACAAUGCGUUGCUGCGUUUGUCCCCUCUCCCUGCCGUAGGCGUGCUGGAGUGGCCGUUCUGGACGAAGCUUAUUGUGGUGGCCGUUGGCUUCGCUGGAGGACUCAUCUUCAUGUACAUUCAGUGCAAAGUCUACCUGCAGCUGUGGAGGAGGCUGAAGGCUUUCAACAGGAUCAUCUUUGUACAGAACUGCCCCGACACCGCCCGCAAUGGAGAUAACAGGCCGGCCCUGGUCACCCAAAGCAACGGGAGACAGGAGGUGGUGGAUUUUACUGGACAACAGACACAAACAAACAUGUCCUGCCCCGCCCCCACGGGAAGUCUGGAGAUGGCACCAGUUUGACAGUGGGUGUAGCUGUUUCCUGCCUCUUGUCAAAAAUGGGCUUGAGGAAAAAAAGCUGGACGCAUCUGAAAUGGCUCGUUGGUUGCUGAUAGGUGCUUGGCACGUUUUUUUGGUGCACUUUAAGGUUUAAAGAGUGGGGAAAAUCUAGCCAAGGACUACUGGUGUUGUAAUUUAGAUAUAAAAAAGCACUGUGCAUCUGUUUCAGAAUAAGUCCUAAUUUUUCCCAAACUGAGCAGCAGUUGCAUUGUAAUCCUCUAUGGCUCACACCCUUAAUAGUCACACUCAUUUUACUUAGUUUACCUCAAAGAAAUAGUGACAUUUUAAAAACAUUAAAUAAAAAUCCCCAUGUUCUCCCU